AUGCCCUUCCAGUUUCUACAAUCUCUGGAUGAAAUGCUUUUCACGAAUAUUGAUAUAACCGGAUCUAUCUUAGCGCUUAUCUUUCAGCACUUGGCGAAGGACCAAGCCAUGCAGAAAAAGCUCAGGGCUGAGAUUUCCGCUCACAGAGCCCAACCCGGAUAUACGGUAGGGGACUAUAUUAGCAAACAGAACACCCUGCUGCAUUUCUCGCUCCUGGAGUCGAUCCGCGUUACCCCUGCUAUGUCCCCAAGCGCAUUGGGGGAUUCCACAUUCCUGCUCACACGCCAACGAUCGUGGACGUGA